GACAAAGCACUGGAGCUUAGCUUUUACUCAAUUAUCUUUUACCUCCACUCUGACAAGAAUCAAUGAUGAAAUGCCCAAGGCUUUCAUAUAAAUUCCCUCUUUACGACUAUUCCAAGACAUGAACCUCAAAAACCCCAUUGAUUUGAUUUUAAGAUGGCGAGCGUCAAGGCCUCAUUGAGGGCUAUCAACGACGCCAUUCGCCAACAGAAGUGGGAUGACGCUAUAACACAAGCCGAAAAUGUAAUCAGCAGAGAUGCGAAUAGUUACCAAGCUCACGUGUUUAAGGCCUUCGCCUUGGAUAAAAAGAAUCAACUGGAUUUGGCCGAGGCUGAAUACAACACCGCUGUCAACAUUCGAUCAGAUGCUCAAGCAUGGCAAGGUCUAAUCAAGCUUUACGAGAAGCAAGGCCCAAAGGCCAUCCCUAAGUAUCAGCUCGCUGCUGUGAAGCUUGCUGAGAUAUUUAGGGAUGCUAAUGAGAUGUACAAAUGUCAGGACGUGAUAGACAAGUUUAUUGAUUUUGUUCGUGCGAAGGGCGAUCGAUCGCAAUAUGUCCAGGCUCUUCGUGUCAUACUCCCUAAUAGUCCUAUCUAUCCUGCUCUUGAGGGACGAGUUCCUCAUCCAGCUAAAACCUUCGAAACAAUAGCCCAAAUCCUAGAAGUCGACGAAAAGAAACGUAUCAACACAUUUAUCGGCGAGCGAAGGACAAGAUUGGGUGCCAAGAUCAGUGAAGUUACCCUCGAGGUCAACCGAGAAGUCUUAUGCCAAAGCGAGUUAGGCGGAAUUUACGAGCAGCUUACGCUUUGGUCCCAAGAUGAUGACGUCAGGCGUCAAUACGAGGAGAAAUUGCUUCAAUUCCGAUACGACCGCCUUCUAGUCACCCCGCCCCCAGGCAAAGCCGCUGAGCUUCAAGUCGUCCAAAAGUUGGCGAAUGAUAUGGUCAUCAUCAAACACCCUUUUAAACUUGCGUGGGAUAUCGCGAUUGAGUGGCAAGACCACAAGGAAAUUCGAGAUUGGGAUGUCAAUGUGCUAAAUGAAUACUGCUCCUUCUUCCCGGACAGUGACCUAUAUCGUGUCUUAACUGGGUUCAUGACGAGCGAUAUUUCACCGUUCCCAAAGAAAGUAACGGAAACGCCCGCCCCCGCUCGUGCGUCCGAGACCGACGACGAAAGCGAGGAUGACGAGGACGGUGGUGCGCCAACCUCGGUAGUACCAUACACCGACGAAGACCGACUCUUGAUGAUGACAGAGGGUAUUUCAACCACCAACUCUUUGCUUUCUCACAGAUUGAUGGGAGAAUACUACCAAAACCUAGAGGAGCAUGAAAGUAACGCUGAACUCAUGAGGAAGGCGAUGAAAAUCAUGGUCGCGGAGACAGAAAAGACGGGGAAAGUCUUCGCAAACACCAAUCAAGCCUUUAUGCUCUACCUAGGAACUGCAUUGGUAUUCUAUCAAUCUCCAAGAAAUCACGGCGAAGCAAAAUUCCUCUUCGACAAGGUAUUGGAAGUAGAUCCUACCUCUACAUCUGCUAUGAUUGGCGUCGGUCUAAUCUAUGAAGAGGAGGAAGAAUUUGAUCAAGCGAUCGAUUUCUUAGGACGAGCCCUGAAAGGCGAUAGCCAGAACUUCCGUGUACGUGCCGAGGUUGGUUGGCUAUAUGCGUUGAAGGGGGAUUAUACACGGGGCAAAGCAGAACUCGAAACCCUUUUACCAUUGAUGACAGGUGCUUCCGUCUCCAAGGAUCUACUGGCCCAGACACAGUAUCGAUUAGGAUGUUGCAUAUGGAAUAUCGACCCUUCGAAAUCCGCUAGAAAGAGCCGAACCGGUGCGUACGCUUACUUUUUAGACGCGCUGAAGAGCAAUUUCAAUUAUGCGCCGGCGUAUAGUAGUCUCGGUAUCUAUUAUGAAGAUUACGCUAAAGAUAAGAGGCGAGCCCGAAGGUGUUUCCUCAAAGCUGUGGAACUCUCAUCGGCGGAAAUCGAAUCCGCUGAAAGGCUUGCACGAUCAUUCGCCGAUGAUGGAGAUUGGGAUCGAGUUGAACUAGUGGCACAGAGGGUGGUAGACUCGGGCAGAGUUAGACCUCCCCCUGGAUCCAAGAAGAAGGGAAUCAGUUGGCCUCUAUCCGCUCUAGGAGUCGCCGAACUAAAUAAGCAGGACUACUCCAAGUCAAUUGUAUCGUUCCAGCAAGCAUUGCGGAUCGCCCCCGAAGACUACCACUCUUGGGUUGGUCUAGGGGAAAGUUACCAUAGCUCUGGACGAUAUAUCGCCGCGACAAAGGCAAUCCAGAACGCCCAGAGGUUAGAGGAGGGUAUAGACGACGAUAAACUUGGCGACACUUGGUUUACCAAGUACAUGCUCGCCAAUGUCAAGCGCGAACUCGGCGAGUUCGACGGAGCUAUUGCCCUAUACCGCGACGUUAUAUCAAGUCGCCCCAAGGAAGAAGGCGUCGCCAUAGCCCUGAUGCAAACUAUGGUUGAAAAUGCCUUAGAUUGUGUUGAGAAGGGCUUUUUCGGCAAAUCAAUUGAAUUGGCUAUUGAAGCAUUGUUUUUCGCUACUACCGUACCUAAGCACGUAACCAACACAUUCAAUUUUUGGAAGGCUGUUGGUGAUUCAUGUUCCAUCUUCUCAUCCGUCCAAAGCCGUGCUCAUGACCUCCCUAUUGAGAGCCUUGUGAGCCUUCUUAAGUUAGGUACAGAGAAUGAAUCCGCAUAUGAAAUACUCAGGGACGUGGAUGUUGUCGAUCAAGAUGUGAUUUUCGCCGAAGGUCUUUUUGCCGAUGACGAACAACUCGGGGUAGAUCUCGUACGCAGCUUACAUGCGACAAUUCUAGCCCAUAAACGAGCGAUUUACGAGUCCGCCAAUGAUGUCCAUGCGCAAGCUGUUGCAUAUUACAACUUAGGCUGGGCUGAAAACCGAGCGCAUCUAUGCCUUCCACCCGAUCUCCGUAUACAGUCUAGCAGAUAUCAGAAGGCUGCCGUGCGAUGUUUCAAGCGUGCAAUAGAGCUUGAGGCCGGCAACCCGGAGUUCUGGAAUUCAUUGGGUGUUGUUACUAGCGAAAUCAACCCAUCCGUAGCGCAACAUGCUUUUGUACGAAGCCUAUUCCUUAACGAAAGAAGUGCGCAUGCAUGGUCCAAUCUAGGCGCCUUAGCUCUUCUUCAAAAUGAUAUUCAACUCGCCAACGAAGCCUUUACUCGCGCACAAUCCAACGAUCCCGAUUAUUCUCACGCUUGGUUGGGUCAAGGUUUCGUCGCGCUUCUAUAUGGUGACGCUAAAGAGGCUCGCGGUCUUUUUACUCAUGCGAUGGACAUCUCGGAAUCAUCCUCACUUCUAUCCAGACGCCAAUACCCAACCUCGUUAUUCGAUCAUAUUCUUACAAACCCCCCAAGCCUGAACGCUACGUCCCUUAUCCAACCACUAUUCGCCCUUGCCCAGUUACGGGGUCUUAAUCCGCAAGAACUCGCCUAUCAACACCUUUCAACAUUAUAUCAAGAACGAACACACGAUAGUGCUAGUGCGGUAGAUACUCUCGAGAAAAUUUGCGAGCAAUUAGAAGCAAGUUACGAAGCUACCGAAUCCGCGGAUGCACUUGCACGAUUUGCAUUGGCUAAAACCGAUCUCGCCCGGUCGUAUCUCUCGGCUGGCGAAUAUGCGCAAGCCUCUGAGUGCGGAGAGAUGGCUUUGCAAUUGAGCAGUGACGAAUCUGCAAACGAACUUACCGCCGAACAACGUAAGAAAGCUCGACUGUCGGCGCAUUUAACUGUAGGUUUGGCGGAGUAUUACUCUAGAAAUGUUGACGCAGCGGUGUCCUAUUUCGAAGCAGCCUUGGAGGAAUCCAACGGCAACCCCGACGCCGUCUGCGUAUUAGCUCAGAUGUUGUGGGCUACCGGUAUGGACGACGCUCGAGAAAGAUCCCGUACCGUUUUAUUCGAAGUGAUUGAGAACGACUCGACCCACGUUCAGUCUGUGCUUCUUCUAGGAGUCAUAGCACUACUUGAUGGGGAUGAGGAAUCUCUCGAUGCCGUUAUUUCGGAACUUCAAACGCUCCGCACUAGUGAUAAGGUCAGCGAUACGGAGCAUUCCCAAAUCGGGGAAGUACUGCGCGCUGUUGCUGCUUUAGCAGAUGGUAGCACAGAAGAUGAUGUCCUUACUCAACUACAAAAUGAUGUUAUAUUAUACCCACACCUACCACAUGGAUGGUCUCGGCUGGCCGAGGCUAGCGGAGAAGAGUACCCGGCGGACAUGGCCCUUCAAGUAGCUCUGAAAGCUAUUCCGCCAAGAGGAGAACUUGGUGCCGUCGACCUCGCCGAUGCGUAUGCAGGAACUGGCAAGGUUGCUGACGCGCAGACGGCAAUCUUCGUCGCUCCUUGGCGCAGUAGUGGUUGGGAGUCAUUAGGUAGUGCUGUCGCCUCUUGAUGACGCACU